AUGGCUCCUGUUUGGAUUAGAAUGCCUAAUCCCCCAUUGCAAUGGUGGGAUGAGGUCAAUGUAUGUAGAAUUGCUUCAAUGAUAGGAACUCCCUUUAUAAUUGAUGGGAAUAUGUUCCAAUGGGGGAGGAGAGAAUUUUAUAGAGUUUGUAUUCGGAUCAAGCUUCAUGACAAAUUGCCCUUGGGAGUUUGGGUGGAAGGAAGCCAAGAUUCUUCUCAAGGAUCUAAAGAAGCAUACAACCAAAUUAAACAUGCUGAUUUUGUGAAUAAAGAAUCUCAUAAAGUAUCUGGGAAUGAACUAGAAGGGGGUAUGGUUGAAGAUAACAACUCAUAUGGACCUUUGGUCCAUGUGAAAUAUGGAAAAGGUAGAAUAAAAAAUAUGAAUUUCAACAUAGUUUGGACAAGAUCUACAAAGAAGGAUGCUGCUAAUGUAAAAGUUCCUCCUGAGAAUCCUACAAUCCAGAAAAAUUUUGAAGGAAAAAAAGAAAAUAAAGCUCCUGAAGAACAUUUAGAUGUUCCUGUAGCUGCAAAAGGGCUCACCACUUUGAAGCAAUCUACUAUGAAGCAAUCUAGAAAUGAGAAAAAUUAUACGAAAUAUGGGAAAGUGGGUCUUUUGCUAGGUCCCCCUGGAUCUGGAAAGGGUACUCAGUCACCAAUUAUAAAGGAAGAAUAUUGCUUGUGCCAUUUGGCCACUGGUGAUAUGUUGAGGGCUGCCGUUGCUGCUAAAACUCCUCUUGGCGUUAAAGCUAAAGAAGCUAUGGAGAAGGGAGAGCUUGUUUCUGAUGAUUUGGUUGUGGGGAUAAUUGAUGAAGCCAUAAAAAGGCCAUCAUGUCAAAAGGGCUUCAUUCUUGAUGGCUUCCCUAGAACAGUUGUUCAGGCAGAAAAGCUUGAUGAUAUGUUGGCUAAGCAGGGCACGAAAAUUGAUAAAGUGCUUAAUUUUGCGAUUGAUGAUGCCAUUUUAGAAGAAAGAAUAACUGGUCGUUGGAUCCAUCCAUCAACUGGUAGAACUUACCACUCAAAAUUUGCACCUCCGAAGGUCCCUGGUCUUGACGAUGUUACUGGUGAGCCUCUAAUUCAAAGGAAAGAUGAUACAGCUGCUGUUCUUAAGUCCAGGCUUGAAGCUUUUCACAAACAAACUGAACCUGUACGCUUUAGUUCAUCUUUUCUAAACAUCUCAACAUUCUUUUUCAUUUGCAUUAGAAUUCCGAAAAAAGUUCAUUCAUACAUCUGUUUUACUUUGUUAUUCUACGCCAAUUCUAAUAUCCAUCAGACUUGCAUUAAAUUACUUUUAUAGCAAGGUACGCUAAUGAUUCUUUAUUAACGCCGUUUAUUUAUCUUGAC